GCCUAACGCCGAGGAGCGUCUCCAAUGCAGUCAGCCAAUGGCGAAGCGUGCAUCAUAGAGUCGGCGCGGAUAGAGCGGGCGCCAUAGGAAACGUCGCUUUGCCCCACCCCCAGAAGGGAAGAGAAAUAGGUGAUAGAUCCACGCAGCAAAGUGAGGUUUUAAACUGUGGGAGGAGCCCCGCUGAACUGAGAGGAGCUUGCUUCUGAGUAAAACGUGCAUAGGAUUGUGGCUGUCGGGAUGAGUACCUCUGAGCACUUCCACUGCUAGGAAGGUAUUGAGCGGCGUCGACCUAAUAUGAAUUUGUGUAGGAUUAUGCGGCGAGACAAAAACAGCAUUCGGUCUGCAGCAUUCUGAACGUAAAACCAAAUGGUCUCCAUGAAAGGUUUUGCGCUGUAAUUUGUAUUGGAAUUGUAUAGGGUAGUUACUAUGGAGAUGCCUAUGGACAGAACAGUACUACUUUUGCUCCCAAAGGGAAACGUAAAGGACCUCCUUUUUUAAUUUUGUAUUUCUUGGAGGCUUGGUGUCAGUCUACACUUAUCUCUAUGCGCAAGUAUCGCGCGCGCGCGCCUGCGCAGAAGCGAGCUCCUGGUAACCAAUAGGGCCGGAGAAGGCCGAGGUCUGCCGCGCAUCGCGCGAGAAUUUAACAGUACAGCGUGACAGAGGAAGGGGGGGGCGUGGAAGGUAGAGGAGCGGCGCUCUUCCAGGCCUUAGAAGCGGUGUUUGUUCCUCGUGUCCGUGACGUUGACCCGCAUCUUCACCCUGUCUCGGGGUAUCAGGUCAGUCCCGAAGCGGGUUGAGCGCUAAAGAGGCGGGUUAAAACUGGAGUCGCGUGAACCGUUCUUCCUCGUCUUAAAAGGACUCGGGUCGUUGCAGUGACGUCCGCGCAUGCGCUUGCCUUGGCUGUGCCGCUCUGAGGAAUAACUUUCAGCGAGUGCUGCGUCACGGGCGGGGCGGCGGGAAUGUGUCUCGCGGUCGUUCUUAAAGCUGAGGAGACGCGAGGCGGGCGCGUCACUCAGGUGCUUUGCUGGUCGCCUCGUCGCCCUUCUCUCGCCUUGUGAAGCGCAGAGUUAAUGAUAUACAAUAUGCUAAUACAAUAUAAAUUAAAGAGCUGUUAACUAUAUUCUGCUUUUUUUCCAAGGAGCUCGGGUGUACGGUAUAUGGUACAGCCACUGUUUUGUCCUCACAAACAACCCUAUGAGGUAGACUCUCGGCUUAGUAAGAUUUUUAAGAUUAUCCAGUGAGUGGAAAUCUGAACCUGACUCUGCCCAGCGUAAAUCAGAUGCUUUUAAAAUCAUCUGGCUCACUGGGAAACAGCAGUCUCAACGUUUCUACAUCCGGAGAGCCCCCCCCCCCCGAAAAAAAAAAUCAUGUAUAACACAGCCGUACGCAUGUUUGCUCAGAAAUAAAUGCUGCUCUGUCCUGUGCGGCUUAACUCCUGAGUAAAUGUGCGUGGGGUUUGUAGCAUUUCUUGUUACCCAUUAGGAGUGCAAUCCGAAGGCAGGGAAAAUUGAAACCAAAGUUGAUUUAACUGCCCACCAGUGCCCUACCUGGCGUGUGGCAAUGUGGAUGUGGGGGUUGGAUAACUGCUUUUGUAUUUUUCUGUUUUGUGGAGUAUUGAAAAAAAAUGUACUUUUGAAAUGGGUGGGGGUGGGGAGAGAGAACAUGUCUGAGCAAGACUAAUUGUGCUUAUGUGGUACACAAAUAAACUGAGAUCUAGGUGAGGAAGCUACUAACAAAGAUUAGAAUUAUUCCACUGAAACCAGAAUAAGCACUACAUUUAAUCAUUUUGGGGUAUGAGGAACUCUCUUCAACCUGGUGUGUAUCUCGAGGAGGAGACAUGUUGGGAAAUGUGCAUAAGAAACAACACUUGCCUGUUACAGUAUGACAGUAGGUCAUCAGCUGGAAAGUUUGUAUCAGAAUCAGUAUAAUUGACUGGCCUAGAAGCAUUCCCAAGUUCCACAGUAAGGAUGUAAUUCAGAGCACACAACAUAAGAUCUCAGGUUCACUUCAAGAAGGAUUAUUGCUAACCAAUGUUUAUGUGGAUGAAAUAUGGUGAGCAAAUUGAUAGUAUCCUGGAAAGAUGGAAGUGUUUUUCUAAUGCAGUAAAACUGUCUUCACCCAUUUGGAUGUCACAGAAAACGAUGGUUAGUGAAUAGUACCAGUAAGUGAAGGAGGGAAACUGCUCCUAAGAGGACUGAAGGUAUGUGCAAGGCCAAAUGAUAAAUCAUGGUUGGAUGGUGCAUCUGAAUUGAACCUAAGUAUUCUUGGGGCAGAGGUUAGAAAAAGAAUACAAACUGUAAAAUUGACAUCUAUUUGCAUAGCUGCUUUAAUGAUUCUCUUUGAAGCUAGACUACUAAUUGUGCAGUGGCCUUUUGCCUUAAUUACUUGCUCAACAAUAGGAAAUUGCCUUGGUGAAUCAUUCCAAGGUCUGAUUUGUUGUCAGCAUUCUUUAUCCAGAAAUCACCAUCCAAAUAUCUUUAGACACUCACAAACAAGGCAUGAUAGCAAUGCACAUAUCCUGACUUAUUGUAUCCAGCAAUUUAUUAUCAAAGAAUACUUUGUCUAACAUAAAAGCUGCAUCCUACUUUCAGACAUGAAUAGAUUAACCUAUGAAUUUGUCAUAAUCGUUUAUUAAAGCUUUCAUAACUGCAAGAGAGCAGUUUCCAGUAUUGCAGUAUUAUAGUUUCCAAGAAAUAUGACAUGUAGAUGUUGCCUAUAUUGUGGUUCUUACACAUCUGUGAUUAAGUUUGAAUUAGCCCUAUGUAUGGUGGUCAGUACCUUCUGUUUUUAGAAUAAAUUUCCUAUGUUCAUUAUGUGGUUAAAUCCAGUACUGACAUUUUGGUAAGCCAAAGAUCUUAGUGGGAGAGAGUUGUACCUAUGUUGCAUUUCUGCCCUAGUAAACACAGCAUGAUCUCAUUUAUCACUGGAAACUAUAAUUGGAAACAUGUUGACCUUAAUCAUCUUGAAUAGUCAGCUCAUAGCAGAAAAAGAGCUUCACUCCUCUUCCAUGUAGAAGUACUCAUGUUGUAGUCUGUAGGGUCUCUCAUCAAGAUAUUGCUGCAUUUUAAGAUGCAGGGGCUUUUGUCAGAAUGAUUAUUGCAUGAAGUAGCUAUUAUAGCUGUUGUAUUUUUGUUAAGACAUUGUGCACAUAAGAAGCAGAGCGCAAUUUUUUUCUCCUCUACUUGAUGAACAGCCUGUUACUUCUCUUUGAAUAGCCUCUCUUAUAUCUGCAAUCAUAUACUCUAUUGCCUUAAAAUGAUGAAUGAAUCUUUCUUCUGAAUAGACAUAUAUCAGAUUGUACUAUAGAUUACUUUUUAAAGUCGGCUCUUGUGAUGGAGGUCUUUAAUUUCUCUUUUUCUCUCUCUUAUGACAAAACUUGCAGAGAACCUUUUUUGAGUGGAACUGACCUGAGUAACCAUUAGAAGGAUCUUUAUAUUAUUAAGUGCUAUCUUGACCACUGCUAUUAAUUUUGCUUUAAGCUGAUUUCAGAAAGCAGUGCCUCAGUGGUGCAAAAGGGCCAUAAUAUGGAAGCAACCAAUACUACUGAUGUUUCUGUGCAAGGGUUGCAUUUGUAAACAAAAUUAAGGAAUUUUAAAAAUAAAAAUAAAGCUUUAAAGAAUUAUUGAAUGAGAAAUGGUUAACAUUUAUUUAUUUUCUUCCCUUUAUGGUAAGGUCCCAGGGCAGGUUACAGCAACAUUAAGACAUAACAUAAUAACACAAGAACAGUUUAAAACCGCUUUGGUUUAUUGUCUAGUUCUCAGUGUGUUUAGAGUACCACCUUCUAAGUAGAGGAGAAAAUGUUUCUACUAAGCUUCUGAUUCAAUAAAAAGAGUACAGUAAUGCAUUCACAUACUUCACAUUUGUUGUAUGAGGAAAGCAGGGUAAGAAUUCUAUAAAACUUUCCCAUUUAACAUUGUUUUACAGAGCUUAAUGUUAUAAAGGUUCAAAGGAUCACAGUAUAAUCCCAUGACUAGAAAUAAUAAUAAUUUCAUGUUCAUUUUCAGGUGAAAGGGUGACAGAAAUGGAAACUGAAACUGUAAGAAGUAAAGCCAUGGAAAAAGAAACCACUGAACAAAGAAAGGAACGUGAAAAAAAGAAAAGGUCUAGAGUUAAACAGGUGCUUUCAGAUAUAGCAAAGCAAGUAGACUUCUGGUUUGGCGAUGUCAAUCUUCACAAGGACAGAUUUCUUCGAGAACAAAUAGAAAAAUCAAGAGAUGGUUGUGAGUUAAUUAAUUUAGAAAUAAAACACCUUGCUAUCAUGUAACACCUGGGAAGAGAAUAUUUUUUGGUUUAUAUGCUUCUUGCUGCUGAGAACCAAAAUUGUCUACACUAUUUAUUAUGCUGACUUUGCUUUAAUUUUGUCAAAUGUUUUUAUGUGCAUCUAUAGAAGUGCUUCAGAGAACCAGUGUGCAAUAAAUAUUCUGCUGUGGGUUCUUAAAGGGAUUUUGGUGACUACUCCCACUAUCAUUAUCUGUAAGUUUGUGGAAACGAGCAUUGAAAAGUAUCAUAUAGUAGAAAAUGUCAAGUACAAGGGAAGCAGCGGAAGUCGUGUGGGGAUGGAGAGGGUUACAUAUCACAGUAGAGGGUGGGAUAUCAGAUGCAGGAUGUCCUACCUUAUUCCUGCAUUGCAGAAGGUUGGACUAGAUGACCCUUGGUGUCCUUUCCAAAUCUACAGUUCUUAUGAUUCUAAUUGCAAUGUGUUUAUUUCUAGAUGUUGACAUAUCACUUCUGGUUUCUUUUAACAAAAUGAAAAAGCUAACCACUGACAGAAAAUUGAUAGCACGUGCAGUUAAAAGUUCAUCUGUGGUAGAGGUAAGUAUAAAACCUUGUCUUUUGGUUUUUGUGUCAGUCUGAGUGCAAACAAAUAUUGAGGGAAAGAGUUCCCUAAUUGCUUUGUUUCUUAUAGUUGGAUUUAGGAGGAACUGACUUUCCCAAUUGGUUUGUGUCUUAUAGUUGGAUUUAGAAGGAAUUAGAAUCAGAAGACGGCAGCCACUGGGUGAGCAGCCUAAAGAUGUGGAUAGUCGUACAGUAUAUGUGGUAAGAUAUAUCUAAAUAAUUAUGAACUCUCUUGCUUGUCUAAAUUGAACUUCACGUUUUUCAUUUAGCUUUUUCUCUGCAGUUUCUCUUUAGCAGAGGCUAAUGAAAUAUCGUCAAUUGUUUGUCACGGUUUUUGAUACUUUUGUAGUUUUGACUCUUCUGUAGUUUUGAUCCAAAGCUCCUUGUUAAUGCCAGUUGGUGCAUUCAGCUUUUAUGUACAUGGUUUGCCCAACUUAUUUUGUUGGGGGGAGGAACAGGUCUUGGUGCAUAAAAAUCUAUUUCCACCUAUCAAAUGAAUAAGAGUCCAGGCAAAUGAGGUAACUCUUACACUGAAACAGGUUGCUGGAUUAAAAAUAAAUAAAUGUUUAAAGCUCUAUGCAGAUGUGUGCGCCCCUUUACAUUUCUCAUGUGAGGGCGAGAACAAGGUGUUGGCUCACCUUCUCCAGCACAAUUUAAAUUGCAUGAGAAGCCUCCAUGAGUAGAGCUAGUUCUCUGUUGCGGUCAUUCAGCUCUAGUGCAUAGUGUGUGGUGUGUCCAGGUCAAAAUUGGACCUAGCUUGUCUUGGCUAAGCUGCAAGCUUAUUUUGGACCAGGAUACCUUUGUUCAGUUAUGUGCACUAUAGCAGCAUGUAGAUUGGAUUACUGCAUUAUGUUGUACGUGGGACCGCUUUUGAAGACUAUCAGUUUGUUCAGAAUAUACCAGCUGAUAGCUAAGAAGAACAGUAAGGUGUGUAGAUAUAACAUGGUUGCCCUACUUCACUGGCUGUCAGUUGCUUUUAACCUUCAAAGCACUAUGCAGCUGAGAAUCACCUCUUCCUGACCACUGCAACCUUUUUUUGAGACUUUUCUGUAUUACACCUACAAAGGAAAAGUCUUAUACAAGUCUGCUAAUUAAAGAAUUAUUCUUUUGUUAACAUUCAAUUACAACAUGGUUUACUUGGAAACUAAUUUGAUUUGUGGAUAUCCAUUUAUUUAGUGUCCAAUUAAAAAAAAAUAUGGAAGCAAAAUAGCUUAUGAAAAACACAGCCACUAAAAAAAAUUCUGUAGAAUCAAUUACCCCCAAAAAGAAUGCAACCUGUAGUCUUUUUCCGUUUUGAUGUUAAGCAUAUAGUAAUGUGAAACCAUGCAAAAUCCAUUAUGUUAAAUUACUUCUUUUGAUCUGCAACUAUGAAGAAUGCAUAGCGUUAAAAGCCUUGAACAUGGUUCUUUAAUCCUGGUAUAUAGGACAAGGUCUUUUGGAUGGAACCAAUCUGUGUGCUGCCUAUCAUGUUGUUGCAUGUGGGUUUCUAAGGCUUAAUUUAAACUUUUAUGCAGGUACUUAUAAUUUUCAUAACCUUAUUUCCUAGAAGGAGCUUUGAGCAAUGAUAAUUCACUUUUGUUGUCUGUAGCUCUUUCUCAGUUCACCCUAUUGUACAUAUAAUAAUAGUUUCAUAAUUGUGCAUCAUAAGGAUGGGGACCUGCAAUGUUAGCUGACAUGUGAAGAGAGCCUAUAUUUCCUGUGAGUGCUGCUCUCCAAAUGUCAGAGUCUUAACUACUCUUUACAAUAAAUAAUAAAUAAUAAAUAAUAAAUAGUAGUCACUCUGAGCUCGGCCUUGGCUGGGGAGGGCGGGGUAUAAAUAAAAUUUAUUAUUAUUAUUACUCUUUACAAUAAAAAAGACAGCCUUAGCAACCUAAAAUGGGCCUAUGAAAAUAGUCAUGUUUAUUAACUUCAGUGUGUCUACUCUGAACAGGACUGGAAUGAAUUACCUCCCAAAGUUCUUUCAUGGUUCACCCAAAUUGUGUUAAUCGGACAUUAAUGCAUACAGUUAAAGUAAUGGUUCUUUUAUUACAUUCAGUAGCAUGAAUAUAUAUACCCAUAAUUUGCUUUUCGCUUUUGCUGUAGGAAUUGCUCCCGAAAAAUGUCAAUCAUAGUUGGAUUGAAAGGGUAUUUGGGAAAUGUGGCAACGUAGUUUAUAUCAGUAUCCCUCGCUAUAAGACUACCGGAGACCCAAAGGGAUUUGCAUUUGUUGAAUUUGAAACAAAGGAACAGGCUGAAAAGGCAAUUGAGGUCAGUUGUGAACAACUUGAAAUAAUAGUUUGCUGUGUUACUAUUUAGCUUCAUGUCUAUAUACAGUUUCAACUUCUGUAUUCCUAUAUUUUACUUUUAACUCCUUGUGUGGUUAUAGCUAUUUAACAAAAGAGAAUAUGUUACAGGCUCUCUACACUGAGAAUUUAGAAAUACAGAAUUCUCUGAACUCAUCUAUAAUUUCUGAAAACUUUACAAAGACAUAUAUAUUAAUGUGUCUUAUCUUUAAUUUGUGAAAUUAACAAAAAUGGCAAGUUUCUUACCCUGGUGGUGGACUUAAAAUGUCUUGGCAAAGAAUGUAAAUUUCAUUACAAUAUUAAUUUAUACUUUAUCAGGCAGAUUAUGUUUUCUUGCAUUACAUAGUUUCUGGUUCCUUCCCAAUGGCAACCAUAUUCUGUCCCCUUCAUUUUACUAUAAGGCCAGCAUGCAAAAUUCAUUGCUAAAAUUAACUUUCUGUCCAACCCUAUGCAUAUAUACUCAAGGCUAAGUCCCACCAAAUUUAGUGGGCCAUAGGACACAUUUAGUGUUGGGAAGUUUGCAUCCUGAAUCUUUUGAAAUGCUAAACUUCACCAUGCUAAUAGUUGACAAAGAGCAGUACAUAGAUAUACUUGUAUCUUAGGUUAAAGUCCUAUGCAUACUUUCAUGGGAGUAAGCACUUCCUGCAUAGAUUGCCCUGCAUAUUUAUUCUUUAAUUCAGUACAUAUCUGUGUCAGAAAGUGGGUAUUUAAAUAUAAUUCAGCUUAAACCCACAACAUAGAAUCAUAGUAGAGUUGGAAGGGAUCACAGGGAUCAUCUAGGGCAACCCCCUGCAAUGCAAGAAUCUUUUGCCCAAAUGUGGGGCUUAGACCCAUGACCCUGAGAUUAAGAGUCUCAUGCUCUACUGACUGAGAUACUUCCCUGCAUCUCUUCAUGAUCGUCUUUCAGCCAAAAGUAACCAAUUAAUAUCUUUCAUGCAAGAUCCAAAGGUAUAUAGAGGGGCGUCUGUGGAAAAAUGACUAUUAACAGUUAACUUACAUUCUCUAACUUUUGCAUUUAAGUACUUGAAUAAUCCUCCAGAAGAUGCACCAAGAAAGCCUGGGAUGUUUCCCAAAACUGUUAAAAACAAGGUCGUUCCUGCAUUACCAUCAAGUGAUUCCAAUGUAGUUGGUGAGUGGAAAGGUGAUAGUUUUAUUUUUGUCCAUCAAGUCUUUCUAUUUUACUUCUGUAUCUUCUGUUAAUUUUGUAUGGCCCAAUGUUUUCCAAUCCAUGGGCGUAGCCAGGAUUUUUGUUAAGGGGAGCAGGCCUUUCGUUGCAGGCGGGGGUGGGGGGGACCUCACUUAUCUAUGUAUUUGUAUUGAUUUUUAUUCAUGGGGCAGCUGCUCCCCCUUGGCUACGCCCAUGCUCCAAUCUUUUUUGUUUUAGACUGCUUUCCAGUUAUCAAUAUAAAUAUUUUUUUCUGUUAAACUGGAGUCAUUUUGAAAGGUAUCAUAACUUUUACCUAAGUCUUUACAGGGGGCCCAUUGGUUAUCAGUAGUGGAUUGGUAGAGGAUAGUUAAACCUGCUUAAUCCCAUUGAAACCAGUGAAGUAAAAAUUAAAUACAGCUAGGCUGAUUUGGAUGAUUUCUGGAUUACAGCCAUGCAAAUAUUCAGGGUAGAUAAGAUUAUUGUGACAAAUUUCAGGAGAAGCCACCUUAGUCAAUUUUAGCAAAACCAACAAAGUUAUAAUGGCAUAAGCUUUCAUGGGCUACAGCCCACUUCAUCAGAUGCAUGAAGUGGUUACGUAGUUAUUUAAGAUGUUACCAGACCCUUUCUUUGUGGGUUUUUAGUAUCAGUCUUUCAUGAAAAUAUCUUAUUUUAUUUAGUUGUUCUUGUUCAGCACUCCUUCUAAAACAAAAACCAUGAUACUUCAUCUCAAACUCUUGAUUUUCCAAAGUUGGGAUUGUGCUGACUCCUGGAGUUAAAUAAGCGUGAUAUACCUUGUGAUGUUUUGGGUUAUUUAGGCCAGUCAAUCUUUCUGCCUAACAGAACUCACAGGGUGAGGCUAAAAUGUUGUGGGACAGAAAAUAAAAGGUAGUCCUCUAUACUAUGCUGAACUCCCUGGAAGCAAAGUGGGAUAAACUUGUAAUAAUUGAAAUACAGAAUGUCAAGACAGAUAUUAUUCACUUUAUAUAGAAGAAAAGAAGAAGAAAAAGAAGAAAAAAUCCAAAACAAAGAAGGAGAGUAGCCAGCAACCAACUGCAGAAGCAAAAGAAUUAAAUGUGGGCAUUACUACAGAACACACAAGUAGGUCAAAGAGACACAGGACAACGUCUGAGAGCUCUGAAAUGGAAGCAUCAGAAGUCCAACGGCCAUAUUCAAAGAAAGAAAAAAGGAAGUUUGAUAGAAUGGAAAGCUCAGGUUCAGGAGAAAGUAGACCAGGAAAGAGGAAACGAUGCCACUCUGGGGAUGGAGAGGUGUCAGUUGUAAAGGCGAAGAAAACAUUUCAGAAAGAUGUUCAUUCUACAAAAGAGGAAUCUACAGAGGGACCAGAGGAUCCCAAAGGUAAGAAGCAGAUCACCUAUUUUUAAAUUUCACUGAAAUAUCCGACCAAGUACAGAGAUUUUGGGUAAUAUAACUACAUUGUUGAGUUUUGUUUGUAAACAGUGGGAGAAAAUGAAAGCUUGGUGGUGUAAAAGUAAUUCAGUUUAAAACCUGAGGAGAGAGUAGGAAAUACACCAGGAAAUAAUUACUGUAUUUUUUGCACCAUAACACUCCCUUUUUUCCUCCUAGAAAGUAAGGGGAAAUGUCUGUGCGUGUUAUGGAGCGAAUGCCUACGGAUGGCGGGGGAUCUGCUGCAGUCGUGAGCAGAGGAUCCAUGGUUCCCCUUCCUUCCCUCCUCCGUGGCUCGCUUUGAAACAGCAAAGCGGGAGAAGAGCCGCUGAGUGGGGAGGAGAGAGGGACAGAGAGCCUGCUUGCUUUAAAGGAGCAAAGCGGGAGAGGAGAGGAGUGUAAGCGGCUCCUGUCCGGUUGGCUCAUUUAAAGCAAGCAGGCUCUCUGUUCCUCUCUCCUCCCCACUCAGCUGGCUAAAUAGCAGCAAAGUUUUUCAGCGAGCCAGGGAGGAGGGAGAGAAGCAGAGCCUGCUUGCUUCUCCUCUUAUACCCCUCUUCUGCAUUAUUAACAGCAUCCUUCUCCACCCACCCCACGCGUGUUCCUUAAGAUGCAAGACCAGCUUGCACAUCUAUGAUUUGUUUUAUUUGUAUUUUGCAACUUAUAUGUGCCAUGAUUGUAAUAAAACCUCUAAGCAGUUUAUACAAAAAACCAUAAUAUUCCAUGAACUAUGGAGAGAACUGCUGGAGAAAUGCUGUUGCUUCAAAUGGAGAUUGUGAUUUUUGCAUAUAGAAGAUGCCUACAAAAAGUCUAUAAAGAAGUGUCUCCCAAUUUUGGGCAUCUGGAACCCUAUGAGUGACAGGCAAGACUCUGUUGGUAGGGCUGCCACUGGGUGAUGCUUUGUUGAUGUUAAUGCUUUACACGGUUUUUAUUGUAUACACAGGUGGAUGUUGUAAACUUAAUUGAUAUUUUUUAUGAAUACAUUACAAAUAUUUUCAUAAAUAAAUAACUUGCAGGUACUUCUUGGUAGGAGUAGUGGUGCUUUUCCUGGCGAGGUACUUGUCUUCUAAAUUUAUGAAGAAUUUAAAAACAUUCUGGUUUACUCAGGCAUUUAAUGGCUGAAAUGUACUGUUCCUGAAACCCUUGAAAUUAUUAGCUGUGAAGAUAUGCCUGUUUUGGGUGUGAGAGAAAAACAAAAUCCUGUAUUUUUUAUUUAUUUUGCUUGUUGCCCUAGGCUCCUUAGGGAGGAAAGAUGGGAUAGAAAUUUAAUAAUGCUGUAAAGUAAUAUUUAAACAUAUACACAGUAUUGUAGGAGGGCAACCAAGAUAAGGGGGCCUGGAAAUUAAGCCAUUUGGGGAAUGGGGUGAGAGAAUUGGGUAUGCUUAGUCUAGAGAAGAGAAGACAGAGGUAACCAUCUUCAAAUAUCUGAAGGGCUGGCAUGUAGAAGAUGGAGCAAACUUGUUUUCUUCUGCUCCAGGGGGUGGAGCCGAAUCAAUGGCUUCAAAUUACAAGGAAGAAGAUUCCCAGUAAACAUUGGGGAAAACUUUCUGUCACUUAAGAGCUGUUAAGAGUUGUUAAGUGGAAUGGACUACCUCAGAAGGUAGUAGCCUCUCCUCCAUUGGAGGUAUUUAAACAGAAGUUUGGGGGUAAUUUUUCAGCGAUUCCUUCGCAGUUAGACUAAAUGACAUGGGGCCCCUUUCCAACUCAGUUAUUCUAUGAACUUCUUUCUUCAGUUCAAAGUAGAGUCAGUAUAGUAUAGUAGUCAGUUUGCUAGACUGUUUGCUAAAGUGACCCAGAAUCAAACCCUUGGAGGAAAGGCACUAAAGUAUUUAUAACUAGCUGUUCUUUGCUUGUUAGCUAUUUCUUUUUGCUUUUCCACUUAGAAAUUUCCACUGAAGAGGAGAGAGAGGUUGGUGAUAAGAAAGAUACAUCUCUUUCAAAAUCUAAAAGGAAACAUAAAAAGAAACAUAAAGAGAGACACAAGAUGGGAGAAGAGGUCAUCCCACUGAGAGUCCUUUCAAAGUAUGUUAAAGCAUUAUUGACAGUAAAAUACAGUGUUGGGCUGCUUGUGAUCCAGAAGCUGCUGUUUGGCGACUUCCCAGAUAUGAAGUAGUCUACACAAGAACUGUGUUUUAGUGUUCUUAGGUACUAACCGCCCAUGAGAAAAAUAUUACCUAAUUUUGACCUGUCAAUAGUGCUGCUUAUCUGUUUCCAUUCAACUUGUUUCAGUUCAGGGGUGUUGCUGCUGCAGCUUAUAUUUUGUCUUAUUGAAGCACACAAACUAGCCUGUUACGGGAAAUAAAAACUCCUCUGCUGAUGCAACUUGUUUUACAUUUGUAAAACAAAUCAAUUUUACCUAUUAUAUCACUGUGAAAUUGAUAUUUGCAUUGCAUUGUGGAUAGAUGAAAUGGCUUGUUCUCUUUAAAAAAAGAAUUUCAUGUUUUAAAACAAGUUUAUUGAACCUUUUUAUCCUUUUGAAAUGCUUACUUUGUCAUUCGCUGUGAUGGGAUGAUGAGCUGCUUGUGCGUAAAAUCGUAUCCCCUCAGAGUUUGUUCAAGUCCACAAACCUCUGUCUGUGACGGAGCCCCUCAGACAUGGCUCCUCUAGUCACUAGCAGUUUCCGACAGUGGUUGCUUUGAAUCGCUUCCAACAUAAAAGCUCCUUAACGGAAACACGUCUUCUGGACUCUCUGCGUGUCAGUUUCCGGCGAGAGUGGGUGUCCCUACAGGAGGUCCUGAAACCUCCCCACUGUUUUCGCUGGAAGUGUCUCUGAGCCAUCCCUCCAGCUCACUUUCCCUCAGCUCAGCUCCUCUCCCCCUACUGGUUCCCUCUUCAGCUGCUGAGUCUCUCCCAACCUGUGUGAGCCCUUUCACCUCCCUUCCUUCCGAUGGCAGUUCCCUGACAUCCACCUCCCCUCCAGGGCCCCCUUCACCCCCUCUCGCCCCCUCCUCUACGGGCGGUGAGGAGGCAAAACCCGGAAUGAACUUCCUUCAUCUUCCGAUGUCUCGAACACUUCUCUCCACCUGUUGCGGUUCCUGGUCUCGAAGUACUCCUCCUCCUCAGAGUCCAUCUCCCCUUCCCCUUCCGAGUCCGGGAAGCCUUCCAACUCCUCCUCCUCAUCAGUGGUCCCAAAGUAUUCCCUCCGGAACCUCUCCACAGGCUGAGGUUUCCUUGGGAACCUUUGAUGGAACGUUUCUAUCAAUACCUCGUCAUUGAUAUCUUCGGCCAUUACCCAAGUGUUUUCUGACUCCGGUUCUCCUUCCCACGCUACCAAAUACUCCACCUGAUUCCCCUUCCACCUGGCGUCGAGGAUUUCUGCCACAUGGCUGCUGCAUUCUCUUUCUUCUAUGACUGGUCCCGAGUGGCCAUCCCUUCUCGUCCCCUUCGUACGGUGACAGUAACGACCUGUGAAAUACUGGGUGCAGUUUCAUGUGGUUGGGUAACCGGAGCCUGAAAGCCACUGGGUUGACCUGUUGAAUGACCUCAAAGGGACCCAACCUCCUGGGUCUUAAUUUCUUACAACCUCCUUUGAACGGCAACCCUUGGGUUGACAGCCACACCCUAUCUCCCACCCUUAUGGUUUCACCUUCCCUUCGGUUCUUGUCUGCUUGCCUCUUGUAUUCUUCCUUCGCCCUUUCUAAGUUGAGUUGGAGCUGACAAUGGAUUGCUUCCAUUUCUUCUACAAAAUGCUCGGCUGCCGGGACGCUCCAUCUCUCCCCAUCUCCCCUGGGAAAGCCCUGGGAUGACACCCAUAAUUAGCCAAGAAGGGGCUCAUCCCUGUGGACACAUUCUCGGCAUUGUUGUAGGCAAAUUCCGCCAGCGCCAACUUUUCUACCCAGUCAUUCUCUCUGUCAUUGACAUAACACCUCAGGUAUUGCUGGAGGACACCGUUUGCUCUUUCCGCCUGCCCGUUGGUUUCAGGGUGCCGGGCAGUCGAAAAAUUGACCUCCACCUGCAGUAAGCUCAUGAGCUUCCUCCAGAACCUGGAAGUAAAUUGUUUUCCUCGGUCUGAGACCACCCUCAAUGGCACCCCGUGCAACCUAAAAAUGUGUUCUACAAAUAACUUCGCUGUCUCUUCCGCCGUGACUGCAUGCGAGCAAGCUACAAAGUGGCACAUCUUUGUUAGUAGGUCCACCACCACCAUGAUGGCUGUUUUCCCUUUGGACUUCGGCAGAUCAGUCAUAAAAUCUAUCGACACUGCCUCCCAAGGUCGUUCUGGGGUUGGUAAGGGUUCUAAUAGCCCCGCCGGCGCCCUUUGGCUCGCUGGCAUUGCUCGCACCCUCUUACAUACUCACGUACAUCUUCCCUCACCUUGGGCCACCAAAAUUCCCUGGUGACCAACCACAUGGUUUUGUGUUGUCCAAAAUGCCCCGCCGUAGGGCUGUCGUGCAACUGCUUGAGUACCCUCCCCUUAAGUCUCCUUCAGGGAUAUACAGUGCCCCUUUGUAAUACAAAGCUCCAUUUCUUUCCUCGAAACCCCCUGGUUCCUCUCCCUCACCCCUAAGACCUCUGAGCUUAUUCUGGGCGUAUUCAUCAUUCUCUGUUUCCUCUACCAGUUCUCUUUGUCCCACCAAUGCCGCCCACACACCCAGCGGUCCUCUGGAAUGACAUGUCUCUCUUCGGGUGCCCCCUCCCCCCCCACCAAAUAUUCAGGUUUGCGUGAGAGAGCGUCCGCCCGAAUGUUCUCUGGGCCUGGCACGUAACAAAUCUCAAAGUUAAAUUUGGAGAACUCCUGGGCCCAUCUCACUUGCCGUUGGUUGAGCACUCGUGCCGUCCUCCAAUACUCUAGGUUCUUGUGGUCAGUGCACACUUGCACCUUAUGUUGUGCGCCAAUUAGCAGGUGCCUCCAUCUCCGGAACGCCUCAUGAAUGGCUAGUAGUUCUCGGUCAUACACCGUGUAGUUCCUCUCGGAUUUGUUCAGCUUUCGCGAAAAAAAGGCACACGGUCUCCACUCUGACUCCUCCUUCCCUGGCUGCAGAAGCACCGCCCCAAUCGCUCUGUCUGAUGCGUCAGUUUCCACUCUCAUCGGUUUUGUAAAUCCACAUGCAGGAGUUGUUGUUCCAGGCGAAGGCCCUUUUAGUUCCUCAAAUGCUCGCUCCGCCUCCUCAGUCCAAGCGAACUUCUUCUUACUGCUGAGACAGUCCGUAAUGGGCGCCGUCAGGUGGGCAAAGUUUCGGAUGAACUUACGAUAGAAGUUCCCAAAUCCUAGGAACCUCUGCACAUCCUUCCUUGUUUUGGGUGUUUUCCAUUCCAGCACCGCCUGGACCUUGCCGGGAUCCAUGGCCAAUCCCUUGUCUGACAGGCGAUACCCCAGGAAUUCCACCUCCUUGGUAUGAAACUGACACUUCUCCAGUUUCACCCACAGCUGGUUGGCUUGCAGCCUGCUCAACACUUCUCUGACGUCUCUCACAUGCUGCUCCUCAUUCUCAGAAUACACCAACACGUCGUCUAAGAAGGCCACACAAUUCUUGUAAAGCAAAGGCCCCAGGACGUGGUUCAUAAACGAUUGAAAGCAUGCGGAGCCUGCUUGGAGGCCGAAGGGCAUAACCAAAUAUUCAAAUGCCCCUAAAGGGGUGAACAUGGUGGUUUUCCAUUCAUCCCCCUUCCUUAUUCGUAUCAGGUUGUACGCCCCCCUUAGGUCCAGCUUUGUGAAAAUCUUUCCCUUCCGCACCCUUGUCAAAAUGUCGUCAAUCCUGGGCAUAGGGAAGGCCACUGGUUCUGACACUGCAUUUAAGGCCCUGAAGUCACACACCAGCCUCGGCUUGUUCGUGUUUUCUUAUCCACAAAAAACACUGGGCUGCCCCCACCGCCCUGGACUCUCUGAUGAACCCUCUCUUCAGGUUCUUGUCAAUGAACUCUCUUAGCUCCUGCAUCUCUCUGUCUGACAUGGCGUACAGCUUGCCUACAGGGAGCUGUGCCCCAGGGAGUAAAUUGAUUUGACAGUCAAAGGGUCUAUGCGGGGGUAGUUGGUCAGCUUCCCUUUCGCUGAAGACGUCGCGGAGAUCUGCAUAUUGUCGUGGUACCUUCACGUUCUCCGUUACUUCAGUCCCUGCUAGGGUGGCUUGGGCCCCUGCCAAACCCUUUCCCUCUUUGCAGUGUUCUAAGCAAUGUGCUGAACCAAAAGAAACCACUCUCUGAUGCCAGCCCACCAGCGGAUCAUGUAACGCUAGCCAGCUCAUCCCCAAUAUAAUGGGAGCUCCUCCCAAGGUGGCCACAUUAAACGCUAUCAGUUCGGUGUGCCUUGCUACCUUCAUUAUCAUUGGGACGGUCUGCAAGCUGACUUCUCCUCCCAACAGCUCCCUGCCAUCGAUCGUGGUCACCUGCAGGGGGUUGCUUAAAGGGAUCGUCUGUAUCUGGUGUUCAGCUGCAAACUCUUUGCUCAUGAAAUUGCAGGAGCUGCCUGAGUCCAACAGCGCCUUUAGCUUUAGAGGGUGUCCGUUUGGCAGCUCUAGCGCCACUUCUAUCACUAGGGCGGGUUUAGGAGGUUCUGGCGUGGGCACUCUCACUGCUCUUUGGCCUGGCUGCUGUGCCCCGACAGUGGCAGCCAGGCGUUGGCUUUACUUGCUCCGGUAUUUCUUCCUCUCUUCCCUCCCACAGCUCCUACCAUCCCUUGCCAUUCCUUCCUCUGGGGGCAGACUCUGGCAAAGUGACCUGGCUGUUGGCAGAGAUAGCAUUUCCGGGCGCCUUUUCCCUCCUUCUUUCCCCCUCACUGGGCUUUGAAACUGCGCGCGCGCGCUGUUCCGAUUUCCAUCGGCUCUGCCGGCGGGAAAGUUGGCUCUGGAAUGUCUGGAAUGCGGAACUCCUUCCAACGUUCCCCUUUCCCUUCCCGCCUCUCCAAUGCUCUCGCCUCCUGGCGCGCUCCUAUGGUCAGCGCUGAUUUGGUCAGCUGGUCCAUAGACUCCGCCCUGGGCGCCCGGGAAAGUUCGUCUUUCACAGCCGAAGAAAGCCCUUCUUCAAAGAGCAUUUGAAUGGGUUCCGCCGAUAAGUCCCACCCCAAUCUGUGCACCAGCAUGGUGAACUCAGUCCAGUACUCACGGACAGAUCGGCUCCCCUGUUUGCAAGCCAUUAACUGUCUGCGCACCACUCCCUGUUCAAUAUCGCUGGAAAACAUCAGAUCCAUGGCGCGAAAGAACUUCAUCGUGUCCUUUAGGACGUCACUAUUCGCUGCCAUCAGAGGUCUAACCCAGUCUCUCGCCCCCUUUUCAAGAUGCUCAAUCACGAAAGCCACUCGUGAUUCCUCGUCAGGAAUUCAUCAAACUGCAGAUUGAGGGCAUAUUGCAUCUCUGUCCGAAAGCCAUGAUAGUCUUUGGGCUCCCCCCCAAACUUCUGCACCAAUCCUGGUACCUUUCUGGCGAGCUGGGUGGCUUUCCCCUUUUGUCUGCAUCCUGAGCCCUCCUCUCCUCAAGCCUCGCCGUCUGCAUUGCUAGCUGGACCUCCAACACCCGGUACCUUUCUUCCAGGCUUGGACCCACUCCAGCUCCUGCUUCUCCGGUUCCGGCUGGGUUGCUCAUGAUGCCUUCUCCUGCACAAGCUGCUUUCAAAGACUGUCGGAAUGCUGUGAUGGGAUGAUGAGCUGCUUGUGCGUAAAAUCGUAUCCCCUCAGAGUUUGUUCAAGUCCACAAACCUCUGUCUGUGACGGAGCCCCUCAGACAUGGCUCCUCUAGUCACUAGCAGUUUCCGACAGUGGUUGCUUUCGGAAUCGCUUCCAACAUAAAAGCUCCUUAACGGAAACACGUCUUCUGGACUCUCUGCGUGUCAGUUUCCGGCGAGGAGUGGGUGUCCCUACAGGAGGUCCUGAAACCUCCCCACUGUUUUCGCUGGAAGUGUCUCUGAGCCAUCCCUCCAGCUCACUUUCCCUCAGCUCAGCUCCUCUCCCCCUACUGGUUCCCUCUUCAGCUGCUGAGUCUCUCCCAACCUGUGUGAGCCCUUUCACCUCCCUUCCUUCCGAUGGCAGUUCCCUGACAUUCGCCUUCUGUGUACAUUUAAAAUCUGUGUACAUGUGAGUGGCUCUUACAUAUAUACUAUCAAAUGGAGGGUGCAGGAGGUACACCAGAUCCUUUGCUAACAAUUUCAAAGAAAUCAUUUUGAGCAAAGGAUUGAGCCUAAAAGAUUAGAUGGCCUUUACUUCAAAGUUUGUUCCAGUAGAGAUUUUAAAACAGUUUGUGAGGCAGUGAAAGAUGUUUAAAAAGGUACUGACCAUAGAUGGAAGAAUUUGAAUGUUUUCUUCAUUCUGUGCAACACCUUUUUAAAAUAGCUGUAUCCAAUUGAGAGGAAAAAUUCUCAGGCACAUUCAGCCAGUUCAACAGUUAUACAGCAAUAUAAAUUAAAUAUGAUAAUUUGUUCCUGUUGAAAUCAAAGAGAUGCCAAUGUUCUAAGCUUUGGCCAGGUUAUGACUCUUCAGAAGUUGAUAAAAACUAGUUUUAUUAUGCAGUUUUAGAGCAGUCGUUCUUAUUAUACAUGUUGCAAAAGCACAUUUUAAAAAAGAGUAAAAUAUAGGUGAAUGAAGUCAAUAUCAAAAGUAAAUACUUCUUUAUUGUGACAAUUCAUACCAAAGCUUCAUAGGAGCAAUGGCCACAUCUGUAUUAACUCUUACAGUGGUACCUCGGGUUAAGUACUUAAUUCGUUCCGGAGGUCCGUUCUUAACCUGAAACUGUUCUUAACCUGAAGCACCACUUUAGCUAAUGGGGGCUCCUGCUGCCGCCGCGCCGCCAGAGCAUGAUUUUUGUUUUCAUCCUGAAGCAAAGUUCUUAACCUGAAGCACUAUUUCUGGGUUAGUGGAGUCUGUAACCUGAAGCGUAUGUAACCUGAGGUACCACUGUAUAUGCAUUAAUACAAACAACUUUGUAACUUAAUAUUCCACAUGUUUAAGAAAGCAUUGUCUAUACAUAGCCUUUAUCCGCAUGGCUCAUAGUCCAUCACCAUUGCUAAAGUGCAAUUCCAGAUUUCACACAACAGAGUUGCAUGUCAGCAACGGUAAAGGGUUACAGCAAUGAACACAUCACACAUAGAAAAUACCUACUUUUUCCUUUUGACCAAUAGACCUGUUGACAUUAAUGACAGUAAAAUGACUUACUGUUUGAAGUCUUGCCAGUUAAUCCCUAUACCUUCUUUUCACUAGAGGGAAAAUAAUAUAUUUUCUGAUUGUGGAAUCAUGCAGUACUAAAACAUAGAAGCACUUACUUUAAAAAUAGCCAGCAAAUACCUCCAUGUUAAAGUACAGAAAAUCCUUCAGUAUGACGCUUGAACUGGUAACCCUAUUUGAAGAAGUUCCACAUGCAAUAAAUGUAAUUCCAUAUUUUUGGAUUUUUUGCUAGUAAAUAAUUGAGUAAUGUUGAGUAAGAUGAUUAAAUAGGAUUUGCCAUCACUAAAAUAUGAAAGCACUUUUUUAAAGGAAUAAAACAAGUACUUCCACAUUAAAGUAGUGGGUAGUCCCUUAUAUUAGGUGAGAAUUUUUCCUGUGAAAGAAGAUAGACGUCAUUGCUUUAAAAAAAUAAAUCAAGCAGCUUUAUUUUUAAAUUAUAUCCAUAAUCCAUAGAGCUCAAGAGCAUUGUUCAACAAUCUUAAAACACAAAAUAAGUUAUAAAAUUAUCAAAAUUAUAAAGAUUAUACAUAAAAAGACGAAGCAAACAAUUCACAAUUACCUAGUUUUAAAUUCAGUACAGUUCUUUUAGCAUACUGACUGAAUCACUGUCAGAUGUGACUUUUUUGAACAAACAAAAGCUUACCAGCACAAUUACAGAAUUCUUGUUAGAACCUUCCUCCAUCAGGGACUACAUACUGUGUAGUUUAUUGCCUGCUUCAGGCUGCAGUUCUAACUGCAUUUGCUUGGAAGUUCGACCCACUGAGAUAAAUGAGAUUUGCUUCCAAGUAAGUGUGCAUGUAAGUGUGCACAGAAUUCUGUUUUCUAUUUCAGUCAGUGUAGCAAAACAUGCUUUUCUACAGGAGCAGAGAGCAUCUUGAAACAGGGCAGGUAAAGCAAGUUUUCUCUAGAAUAUCCUGUUACAGAGAUUCUGCACACCUUGCUGGAACAUGGAUUAGAAUAUAGCAGAUAUUGCAGUCAAGUAAACAAAUGUCUGGCAGUGGUUCUUUCCAUGAUGUUGAAUUGAACAAUACAAGAACACUCAAGUUACAAACAACUCCUGGUGGAGUUGGACUCACCUCUGCCAAAACAUGGAAGCACUUACCUUUUUUGUACACACAGAAAGCACCUCCAUGUUAAAGUAGAAGGGUUCCACAUAAAGCAGCACCUUUUGCUAUCCAAAGCAUUAAAUAUAGCAAAUUAUUUAGUUUUAAUAUAAACAUAUUUGAGAAAAAUACUUCCCAUUUUGCUUACUUACCUUGCUCAUUCGCUUUGGUGUUUUUUUCCUUUUCAGCUUCCUUUAAUAAAGUGUUGCCCAAGCUUCUAUUUAUUCCAUACUUUAGUAAAGGGUACCAUUGAGCCUUUAUCUCAGAGUCAUUAGGUAGAUCAUUUGUUAUUUAAAGCCCUCUCUCAGAAAAUGUAUGUUCCUAGAUGGGACAGAAUCUUUAUUUUUCUUCCUCUCUCUCAUCCUGCCCUCCUGGUGUCGUCAUCAAGGAUUAACACUAUUACCCCAAGAUACCAUCUUUUUAAAAAACAAAAUAAAACCCAUAUCUGCUUAUUUGAUAGCACAGAUUAGGUUAACAAUGAAUCAUUCUCUCAAUUGCACUAUCCCCAUUGUGUUUCUAUCAGCAAGGCUCUAGCUGUUUGAAGAAACAUCUCCAUGUUAAAUGAAUGUAAAUAUAUCAUUUGGUUCCAUGCUGGGCUUUCCUCUCUGCUGCAUUUGAAUAGUAGGAAUGUUCCUGUCUCCAUAGAUUUGGGAACAUUCUAACUAGUUUUUCUUACCUUUUUAAAAAAAUACUCAGCUGGUUAGCAGAGGCAGGUUGACCAGUCUUUGUGAUUUACUUUUACAUUUUUGGUAUUAAUCUGUGAUACACUGGUGUCUUUUAAUGUAGAAAUGUACAAAGUAAGAUUGCAUAUUGAGGAUUAAUAAAGGUAAUGCAUAAUUAAACUCUGUGUAUUGAUCCUGAGUAUGUACUGUUGCUUAAGAACCUAAGUUUAGGCCAAGGUCUAGUCUAGCGGUCUUUGCCAUACUUUUAGAAAUCAAUCGCUAAUGGAUCCACUGGAAAUUGAUCAUUAUGUCAUGGACUAUCUAGUGGCUGCUAAUAAUUUAUUAGUAACUGCUAAUCUUAAGAAGGGGGAUGCGGGUGGCGCUGUGGGUAAAACCUCAGUGCCUAGGCGGGGUGAGCUCCCGUCGUUCGGUCCCAGCUCCUGCCCACCUAGCAGUUCGAAAGCACCCCUAAGUGCAAGUAGAUAAAUAGGUACCGCUUUAUAGCGGGGAGGUAAACGGCGUUUCCGUGUGCGGCACUGGUACUGGCUCACCAGUGCAGCUUCGUCACGCUGGCCACGUGACCCGGAAGUGUCUUCGGACGGCACCAGCUCCCGGCCUCUUGAGUGAGAUGAGCGCACAACCCUAGAGUCGGUCAUGACUGGCCCGUACGGGCAGGGGUACCUUUACCUUUUUAAUCUUAAGAAGAGUCAGACAAAAGUCCCAUCUUGUCCAGCAUCCGGUUCUCACAGUGGUGAACCAGAUGCCUAUGGUAAACCCACAUGCUACUAGCCAUGGUUGCUCUGUUCUGUCUUAGCAUUUAGUGGACCACUGUGAGAACAGAAUGCUGGACUACUGUAGUUUGGCUCUUUUCAUGUCCUUUUGACAGGAGUGCAACAGCACUCUCACCACUUGUGUUACCCAGUAACUCAUGUUCAGAUUUGUUGUUUUUUUAUUUCUCAAAAUACAUCUCUCGUCACCAGUAUUCCACUUCCUUUUCUGGUAAAAAAAAGUUUAGGUUCAGAGAUCUGCCCUUCAUUUUCCACUAUGAAGAUAGAUGCAAUCUCAUUUCUGUCCUUUAGUACAUGUUUUGACUUGCAGUUCUAAGGUCCACCCCAACCCCUACUGCUUUCCCGCUUUGCUUUUUAGUUAUUUAUUUUGUUCUUAAUGUUUUUAGCCACGUACUUCUCUAAUAUGCUCCUCAAAUUCUUCUUUUUGCAUCUCUUAUUGCCUUCUUGCAUUUAAUUUGCCACAAUUUGUGUUCCAUGUUGUUCUCAUUUAUGCACUACUUCCAUUUUUCUGAAAGAGUCCUUCUUGCCUCUAGUAAGUUCCUUGACUCCAUUUGUUAACCAUGGUGGUAUCUUCUUGACUAUGUCUUUCCUUAUAUGUGGUAUGCAUUUGAACUGAGUUUUGUUAUUGUGGUUUUUAAAAAGCAUGAUCCACCAGUCUCUUUUCUAAUCACUUUAGAAAUGAAUGGAUGCAGCUGAAGCAAGAAUACUUGACACUACAGAAAGCCAGCAUGUCCUCUUUGAAAAAAGCAAUGGCCCAAAUAAAAACGUUGACUGCUGGAGAAAUGGAAACAGAUGCCUGUAUACCUAACCAGCCUGCAGCAAGAAAUGGAAAAUGUAAAGAAAAUUGUGAGGUUCUUCAUAGCUUGUGCUUAUCCUUAACAGAAGAAAUGACAUGCUAAUUGUAGUUUAGUGAUUGGAUAUUUGGAUAUUAAGAAGUAUGUAGUGUUUUCCUGGAAGCAGAAAGGACAUUAAGAGGGAGGAAAUUUCAGAUCUUGAAAAUUUCUCUAGUUCUCAUCAUGCAAAAUUGAUUUUCUUUAACCAGUUGACUUGUAUGUAUACAGGAGAACUUGUGAAAUGUUACAAAAACUGAAGAAUAAACUAGUGUUCAGCAUCCAAGAUCAACCUUUGGGCUUUAGAACCAAGAGGUUGCAUAUCAGUAAAUGAAUUUUCGGGCAUUAGGUUUCUGUAUGCUGUGUGGUUAGGGUCCAGCACCACUCAGUAUAUACCCAUUGAAAUGACUAACUUGGUUUCAUUAAUUUCAGUGGGUGUGCUCUAAGUAGGGCCAACUUUGGAUACAAGCCAGAGGUCUCAGAGUUUUUCUCACUGGUUUUGUUGAAGAAAUCAAACUAGUCAAUAUUACUGUAAUUAUCAAAAAAAAGUUGAGAACUAAAUAAAAUUUGUGCUAUGCUUUGCUGUAACAACCCAUUUCUGUACCAACUUUGUGAAUAGUUUCUUUAUUCAUUGCCCACUGAUUUAGAAGAAUCAAAUCUAUCUAAAUUCACUUAGCAUUCAGAAAGAUUGCCUAAUGUUGCUUUGCAAAGUAAGUUAAUCAUAUUGUUUUAAUUAAUGUUCAUUGGCCAUAUAUGCAGUACAAGAUGAGAGUGUUAACUUCACAAGAGCACAACAAUCAGGUUGUGAAUAUACAACCUUAAAGUAGUUGUUUGGCUUUGUAUGUGCUGAUAACUGGAAUUAAUGGUACUAUUGAUAUACCGCUCAUGCUUAUAACUUAAACUGCAGGGCCUUUACUUGUCAUGUUGAGGCAUAUUUUGAUGCCACCAACAGUGAUCUAUAUAUGUCAAACUAUUAAGAAAAUCUUAUCUGUUUCUCCAAAAUCCAGCUUCAUUAGAACCAACCAAAAAUGUCAGAAAAUAGCUGAUGAGUUUUUCCAGAACUUUUCAUCCACCUAAAUAUUUCACAAAGGAGGAGAUGAGGAACAGAGGGGGAAACAACCAAAAGUUGUUUAGUUUAGAGUUUAGAGUUUUGUUUAGACUCUGUUUCCAAAUAGAAAGUGCAGGCUUAAAUUAAUUGUUGCUAGAUGUUGCAGGUAUCAUGUUAUACCUAUAACUUAUUUUUAAAAAGUAUGUUUUGAAAAUAACACUUGACUGCUACUUAGAUCUGUCUCACAUUCUUUUCUCUUGGACUGCCUUUGCUUCUUAUAGAAAUAUUCCUAGUAAUAUACCCAAUAUAAAAAAUAUACUAAGAGAGGUAUUGUGCUAUUUUGAAUUUGUCCAGUGGUAAAUUGUUACAAGUGAAAUUUUGAUGAAUGCUCUCUUCCUUUUCAAAUGAACAGCUUCCCAGGGUGGUUCAGCUCCUGUUGAAAAGGUUCACACAAUGGGCCCCCAGUUUGAGGGUGGCGUAAUAGUGAAGAUCAUUAGUGCUGAGCCCUUGCCAGGCAGGAAGCACAUCAAGGUAAUGCCUCUAUAGCCUCGGGGUAAAUGCUAUAAUUUGCUUUGAAAUUUUUUGAAUAUGGAAUAGCAUUUCAAAAGGUCAAGGUAACUCAGUUGCACAGCAUCUGCCUAGCACGCAAAAGGUCAUAGGUUCAAUCUCCAAUAUGUGCAGGUAGAACUGGAUGAGACCCCCUUCUGAAACCCUGGAGAGCUGCUGCCAAUCAGUUACCUGUUGUUGCUGCCCUACAGCUCCCAUAAUCCCUGACCACUGGCCAUGCUGGUUAGAACUGAUGGGAGCUAGAGUAAGGUUACCAGAUUUUUUUCAGUGAAUCCGGGGACACUUUUCAACUUCAGUAGGAACGAUAGGAUUUUGUAUGGAGGCUGAUUUGUAAAUCCACGGACUGUCCCUGGGAAACGGGGACAUCUGGUAACCUUAAGCUAGAGUCAAACAACAUGUGGAAAGUUGACUACCCCUGGUGCAGACAGUUCUGAGCUAGAUAUACUAGUGGUAUGCCUCUGUAUAAGUCAGUUUCCUUUGUUCAUAAUUCUGAUCGCCAGCUAGGUGUCUUAUAAUACUUGCUAAAGGAUUGUUUAAUUGAAGAACCAGGCUGAGAAAAUCUACAUCAGAGCAAAAAAGAUUUCAAACUAUUUUGGUUGAGGAAAGAGUUUAUCUGUAAAAGUUGUGUCUAUUGGUAUGGCUUCCCCACCAAGCCUCUAUAGUUCAGUCAGUAUAGCAUGAGACUCUUAAUCUCAGGGUUGUGUGUUUGAGCCCCAGAUUGAGCAAAAAAUAUUCCUGCAUUGCAGGGGUUGGACUAGAUGACUCUCAUGGUACCUUCCAACUCUACAAUUGUGAUGCUAUGAUUUUAUGAUUUGCUGAUGGGGAAACAAACCACAAGUGCGGGUUCACAGGUAUCAUAAAGCCAAUCUUUGGUUUGUUUCUUCCUCAGCACAUUGAAAGGAGCAGAGGACGAGUGAAGCACACACAAACAGCAAUUUAUUUAAAACUUGUUUAAACUGACAUUCAAUCCUGGCUUUCAUGUUGCGUGUACAGUAGUAUUUUAAUUCUGCCCCUUAAAAUUUAAACAUUGACCUUGUUCAUACUUGUAAUGAACUUCACAAACUUGUGAGUGCUUCUUGUUAUAGUCUAGUAUAGACAGCUGGUGUGGAACAGCAGUUUAAAGUUGAGCUGCAGAAGUCUCCAGUUCAGAUAUUUCCUCUGCUGUGAACUCAUUAGAUUGCUUAAAGCAAAUAGCAUAGUCUCAGUCCCAUCCCUCUACCCUGUAGUCUGCAACAUGAGAAUGAUAAUACUGACCUAUAUUUACAUAAUUGUUGCAUGGCUUGGAACAAGAUAAUGUAUGUGAAGUUCUUUCAUUAUUGUUAAGUUUUAUGAUGAUUUAAUGAUUUCUCUGAGACAGCACUGAGAUACGUCUUUGAGAAAGAUAAAGCCCUAACCUAACCUUGUUGUUUUGUAACUUCAGGUUUAUCAUCUUGGCUAUUAGCAAGGCAAACUUGACAUUGGCAUCUAAAUAUUAAAUGUCUGUCUGAGAUUGCUCAUGACAGCAAUAUGGUCAUAGCUAGAGAUAAGAGGAUACUCUUUAUUGUAUCCACUUCUAUUGGUGAAUUAUAGCAUGCUUUAAAGGUUCAGAGCUGUAAACCAGAGUGUGUAGAGUAUUAGAGCUGGAUUGGUAGACGAUAUCUAGAUCAUGUGGCACUAGCAUGACAGAUUUUUCUCUUUUCUCUUUGCAUUUUUUUGCAAUCACCAUUCUGUGGUUAAGUGUAAUUGUCAACCCACCCUCCCUUUCAUGGCUCAUGAAUGGUGCUUCCAGAUAAGUGCAUUAGGAAAGAUAUUUCUUUGUUCGUGACACAUCAGUGAUAAUAAGUGAAAACAGUUAAUAGUAGAGAUGUAUUUCCUUAUGAGUGUGGUAUAUGAGCCCUGUGAAAAUGUAGGAAAAAAUGCUCCCCACCGUGGUAAGUAGAUAAAAGCACCGUGGUAAGUAGAUAAAAGCCUUAAUUCUAAUGGCUUGUCCUGUUUGUGUUGCCACAGGAUAUGUUAGCAACAUUAGCUAAUGUUGCUUAUGUUGACCUGCUGGAAGGUGACACAGAGUGUCAUGUGCGGCUUAAAACUCCUGAAGAUGCACAAACUUUAUUAAAAUCACAUAAAGAACUACAGACGAAACACAAUUGGAAACUUGAGGUCCUUUCAGGUAAGAUUUAUUGUUGAAAUUCACUGGGUUUGUACAUGCCACAUCAGUUUUAUGACUAUUUCAAGAUUUGUUGAAAUUGUGAUUUGUAUCCUGAAUUCCCCCCCCCCCAAAAGUAUUCUAAAUAUAGCUAGGGCCAUACAAUUUUGGAACCAAUUUUUUCUGCCUAUAUAAGUGGCUGGGUAAGAAAUGAUGAAUUUCCAUCUGGUGAAAAAGCCCAAUAAGGUUACACAUCACAUCAUGACUUUACUUCUCCAGAGGUGGUGGACACACACCACCUUUUUGUUGCCUUUUUACUACUGAAGACUGGAAACAUGGGUUGGGCUUUGCCCACUGAGCACACACCCAUCACGUCAGUCCAUUUUCUGUCUUCAGCAGGACAGACAUUUUGUGAAGUCCCAGUCUUUGAAGGAGCUUUUCAGUCUGUAAGCAAGGGCCAAAACCUACUACUGUGUUUGCAAACAGCUGGAUUGAGGCCAGUGUGUGUUAAACAGGAUAUGGUAUAUCAUCAGCAGGACAUGGUUUCCCUUAUUCUGCAUCCUCCUCUACUCUGUUCAAAUUAUAAGGAGUGAGAGUGUUAUAAGAAGUGUAUGUCAUAAAGUUCAGCUGGUGGUGUCUCUUUUCCUUUAAAUUUUUAAUAUAUAUAUGUGUGUGUGUGUGUGUGUGUGUGUGUGUGUGUAUAUAUAUAUAUAUAUAUGUGUGUGUGUAUGUAUAUGUAUUCUCAUUGAUAGAAAGCUGAGACAUAAAAUGAUGCAUCUCUUAUCUUCAUGAGAACUUUUUUCUUUGCAUUAAAGCAAGUGUGGAAAACCUUUGGCCCGCCUGAUGUUGCUGAACUACAACUUCCACCAGUCCUAUCAAGCAUAGCUAAUGACUAGGGAUGAUGGGAGCUGUAGUUCAGCAACAUCUAAAAGGCCAAAGUCUUCCCUGCACCUGCAUUAACGUAUAUUUCAUUUAAGAAAUAAACUGUUAAAAGUUAGCAACAAUUGUGUUUUACAAAGUUGUAGAAAGGUUGUUGUAUUGAUAUAGCCGAGGAAACCAAAACAUCUUCCUUCAUACAGAUAUAACACACAGUUACAACAUUCUUGUAUUCAGGGGAUCAUGAACAACGAUAUUGGCAGAAGAUCUUGGUGGACCGACAGGCUAAACUUAAUCAACCAAGAGAAAAGAAGCGAGGUACAGAGAAGGUAAGAUAACCAAUUCAGAACUCUUUGGAUUUUGUGGGCAAGCAUCUUAACUCAGUGAUUUAUAAAACUUAAUUUGUUUUAUAUGGAUAAGAUCUCGGAUUCAGUUUUUUGAAACUAGAAAUGGAGCUGUGAUCUUUGACAGCUACUGGCAGUCUGUAUAGAGAGCACUGGACUAGAUGAACAAAUGGUUUUACUCAAUAAAAAAUGGCUUGAUUAUAUUCAAGGGGAAGGGCUCAGUGGUAGAGUAUUCGGUAAACUUGUGUGAGGACUCAUGUUAAAUGACCUCUGAAAGCACUUAGCUAAAUAUUAAGGACAGUAUAAAAUGCCUUAAAUAUAAAAUAUAAAGGUACUGAGUAACUAUUGCCAUUGAGAAUAGAUAGUACUCAGCUAAAUGGACCAUUGAUCUCACUUGGUAUAAGGAAGCUGCAUGUAUUUCAUAUUAUGUCUGUUCAUUUUCAUCUCCAACAAAGGCUAGUGGUGUAGCUGUGAAAAACUUUACUUGUAAACAUCACUCCAUUGACUCCAGAAGACUAUAUCAGAUCAGGUUAACAAGCAUUUUCUUAUUCAUACACCUCAAGGUAGCUCUUCUAUUUCUGGGCUUUGAUACUAAAUUACUCUUAAUGAGCUUCCAUUAGUUUAAAGGUAACGGUAAAGGGACCCCUGACCACUAGGUCCAGUCGCAGACGACUCUGGGGUUGCGGUGCUCAUGUCGCUUUACUGGCCAAGGGAGCCAGCGUACAGCUUCCGGGUCAUGUGGCCAGCAUGACCAAGCCGCUUCUGGCGAACCAGAGCAGUGCACGGAAAUGCCGUUUACCUUCCCGCUGGAGCGGUACCUAUUUGUCUACUUGCACUUUGACAUGCUUUCGAACUGCUAGGUUGGCAGGACUCUAUUAGUUUAGUGACUCCCAAGUAUUGGAGAUGGGUUGGAAAAGCUUUUGUUGACAGGACUUACAAGAAGGAGUUAAAUACAAGACUGAUAUAAUGUUAAGGAGUUGUCUAAAUCAAGUAACAAGUUCUUUAAAAGAGAAAAUUCUAAUGAUACUGUUUCUUGCUAAUUUUUAACCACGUGAUUCUUUAACAAAUCCCUAAUGUAUUUUACUCUUGAAAAAGUAAUAUCUAGAACAAUUUUCUGUUAAGAAUAUUUUAUAGUUUUUAAAAGCUAGAAUCAGAACAUUUAAGACUGUAUACAUUAUUAGAGCCCAGUGGUCUGAUAAGUCUUGAAUCUUAUUGUUUCACAUUGCUUUACCCUUUUUGAAUAUAUGCAACUAAAUAUCUCUAGGAAACGUUGUGGUGUUAAUUACCCUUUAAUUUUUUGCAUAACCAUUAACCACUUGAGUGUUGCUGUAAAGCCUUGUAAAUUAGCAUCUUCCUUUUCAUGAACUCCAAUCCUGGAUUUACCCCAAGGAAAUGGAUCCUUUGUUUCUGUCUGCUACAUUUUGUAUAGAAGAGAAAUAGUGUUUCGCCUGCCUCCAGUUACUGUGUCCUUCCUUAUUUCAGUGCAAAUGCAUGCUUGGCAGUUGGAAAAUAAGGUGGAGUUCCAAUAAUUUGAGAAUAUUGAACAGUUUCCAAAGACAUCUCAUAACUUAUUUAAAAGCAGGGUUUCUGUUAUGCAUUUGAAUAUAAUCUUGAAAGCAACAGUACAAAAUCCAUACAUCCCAUCUGAACCCAUAUCUCCCAAUAACUUUAAGACACAAUAUAAAUUAUUAUUUUAUCUGUACCCUCUUUCCAUAAGUAAAGUUUUAACCAUUCAUGUGUCCCAGUAUGUAAGACUGUGAAUAGCCUUAACCUCUUGGUACUUUCUACCAGAAUCCUUGAGAGUUCCUUAAGCAAAGAACUGCAGAUUAAUUUACACAAGCAGUAUUAUCAAAACAAACUGUUAAAUGACAGAUAACAGUAGCAGCAGCUAGCUGCCAUUUUCCUAUCACCCUCUUCUGUCAUCUUGCAUCUCUAAGAAACAUCUGUUCCAUAGCUUAUAAACAACCAUUUAAAUAUUAACAUAGCGGACAUUUAAUAAAUAAUGCUGGUAUUGGAUAGAUUUGGAGAAGCUUUUUAGGAGUUUGAUUUUGUAUAUUGAUAUUAUUAAUGUUCUAGCAGACCUUGGGACUUUGGGUCACUGUAAUGCAAAUAUAAAUAAAGCAGGUGAAUAUUUAAAAGCUAAAUACCUUAAUUCAGUGUUUCUUGAACUUCAUGAGUUGCUCCUCCUUUCUAGAUACUCCUUACCUAAUGUGGCAUUAGCGCUACUGUAGCACUGGAAGGGUUCUGAAGAGCAUCAAUCCUAUUCUGCUAACCUGAGCCUUUUCUUGCCAAUAUAUGCCUAUUUAACAGAAACUCUUGAAACAACCUUACUUGAUUUACAGCAGUGUUGCAUGCUGUACAAUGAUUUUGGGGUCAGAUGGUGGGGUUCUCCUUUUCUAAAAUCAAAUUUUAUAAAGGUAGAAUUUGGACUGAUUUAAUUAUGGGCAAGAACUUGCACUGCUGCAUUUAAGUACAUUGAACAUGUCUAGGUCCUACAGUACAUCCAUGAAAUCCUUUAUAUUGAGAGUUUGCACUAGAAGAAAUAUUGUCUAGAUCAUACAAAAAAAGAAAAAAUGUGAGAACUUUUCCAUGGAAACGUGUUCUGCAAAAUUUUGUUUCUCAGAACUCCAAAUGUCAUUUCAAUGGUGAUAACUUCCCUUGGUUUGCUUGGGGGAAGGAUAUAGUAAACUCUGUGUGGUGGAAAUGUAGCCAACUGUAUAAAUGUCAGUCUCCUAUAUUGCUCCAUCCACUUUUGUCUUUGGCUUCACCCACCACUGGAAUGCACCACCCACCCCAAAAGUCUGUGCAGCUAUCAAUGCAGGAUUGCUGGGACAAAGAAACACACUAGCUAGUCCCCCAUUUUUAAAAAUAUUAAAUCCCCUAUUUAGCUGCGAGCAAAACACACUGCUCCCUUGUUAGUUGGAGAACUGUGUGAGGCAUGAUUUGGUCUACUGUGCCUUCUUUAUCCCAUGUUGUUCACAAAGCUUAUCAGUCAUCCUCUUUGCUUGUAUUUUGUAUCAAGCCACACUCCGACCACAGGUUCACAUUGGUAUAAACUGUAAACUUGGUAUGCAUAGCCCAUGGGUGGGGAACGUGUGGCCCUCCAUCCAUUGGAUUCCAACUCCUGUUAUCUUUGACCAGUGGUGAUUUUGGCUGGGGCUUGUAGGAAAAUGCAUUGGUAAUCAGUAAAGCUUGCAUAGCAAUGGUGUCAUCAAUGCUGCCUGCCUCACCCCAUCAGGAUGCCACAUUUUGGACCAGUUGAAGUUUCCAAACCAUCUUCAGAGAUUGGAUGUCAGUCAUUUUGUUUUUCUAAGGAUAGUGGUACUUUUCCUUAAAGUGUUCUUUUAUUGCAUUCUACCUUAACCUGUUGCAAUUGGUUGUAAUAAGGUGUUUUUAGAAUCUGUGUCUUCAUUUCAAACAUUAAAAUUAACAUUUUCCACCAAAGUUUUAUUUUUUUAAAGAGCAAAUAUUUUAAGGAUACAGGAUUAAUGGCUGAAUAGCCCCACUGUGUUUUUGCAUUAGAGAAGUACCUUGCUAAUUAAAUGUUACAAUUCUGAAGAGGAACAAUGAGGAUGGUGUUGUCAAAGAUAAGAUCUAUGGCUCUCAACAAUUUAAAUGUCUUCCAUUCAAAUAAAGGGAAUUAAAAAUUUCUUAACAUUUGCUCAGUCUUUUCUAGUAUCAGCAGGGUUCUACAUUUGUUUUAUGAAGGUUAUAGUUGCAAAUGUUGGUUUGAGUGUUAAUCCUCAUCUUCUCUGACACAUGAUAAAUUAAAAUGACAAUACAGGGUAAUUAGAAAAUGCUUCUUGGUCUUCUUCUUUUCUUCUACAGCUGAUUGCAAAAGCUGAAAAAAUGAGGCUAGCGAAGACACAAGAGAUAAGCAAGCAUAUCCAUUUCUCUGAUGACGACUAAAUUCAUCUAAUUUACUUGUAUGAAUUGCUGUUUAGAAAAGAAAUUAAACUGUUCUUCUGAAGAAAUGAUCUCUUUGCUUCGUAAUAUUAAGGGACACAAAUAAAGACACUGUGCAUUCCUGUUAAUACAGUCAUUUGAAUUGCUACUUGGCCUUGUUUUAGAAUGUAUUAAGCAAGCUUUUAUAUGUAUUUGUCCCAGGUUUUUUGUACAAUGCAUUUUUAAAAACUGAGGUGUAAGUAUGAUCCAAAUAAAAAGGCUAAAUCUUCAUCAUUAAUUGGUAUCUAUUGUUGAAAUAAAGAAUGAGAGUUCUGACACUUUCUUAAUGACUUGUAGAAAUGAGACCGCCUCUUGCUUUCAAAAUUAGGUAAUUUCUUCGUUAGCAGCAAGUUUUGCAUGCCCUCCUAUGCAGAAUGCGAAAAAAGAGCUGAAGUUGUGGGUGUGGAAGUAAAGUAGAAUAAUAAACUUAAUGUAAAAAUAGAACUGUACAUUUAAACUUAUGGGGACCAUUUUAUAUUAAACUUAAUUUGCUGAAUUUAUACAGUCCUGUACAGAUUAAUUUGCUGUGUUGCACACCUCCUAAGAUGGGUGAGGCUUCUUUCUCCAGACCCAAAGAAUCCUUAUUGUAGACCUGAGAGAGCCAAUCUACCGGUACAUCUUAGCAUUGAAAAUGAAAGCAAUGUCUUUGCCUCUUGUACUCUCAGAACAUUUUAUUAAAUCCUUUCUUGCUCUUACUUUUCAGUGUAAAUGGGAGCACAGGAAAUAGGCUGCAUCAUCUCUCUGAUUUUGCUCAAAAGAAUUUAUUAUGGGG